GGCCGCGCGCCGCGUCCCCCCCACUGUGCGGCCUUGCUCUCCGCUUGAGGCCCGAGGCCCGAGGCGAGCCAUGGCCAGUACCGUGGUAGCAGUUGGCCUGACAAUUGCUGCUGCUGGAUUUGCAGGCCGCUAUGCAUUACAAGCCCUGAAGCAGAUGGAGCCUCAAGUGAAACAAGCUCUUCAGGGUCUGCCAAAAUCUGCAUUUAGUAGUGGCUAUUACAGAGGUGGUUUUGAACCCAAAAUGACGAAACGGGAAGCAGCGUUAAUAUUAGGAAUAAGUCCUACGGCCAAUAAAGGAAAGAUUAGAGAUGCUCACCGACGAAUCAUGCUCUUGAAUCACCCGGACAAAGGAGGAUCGCCUUACGUGGCUGCCAAAAUCAAUGAAGCCAAAGAUUUACUAGAAGGUCAAGCGAAGAAGUGAAAGACAUGAAACUUAAAUUUAUAUAUAAAGUAGUUUAUGUAUAUGAGCAUUAAUUUUUGUAGAAUAAAUGACCUAA